ACCUGCCCCUUCCAUUGGACUCAGAGACGCCUUCGGCCACUGGUGAAUGUUGAUGAUGAAUAUCGAUAUUCGCCACCCUCCAUUAAUAUUCGUCUAGCUCAGAUGUAUGAUAGUGCGUUGGCCCUCUUUUAUAUAUAGCGGGACUGAUGUGUUAUCAGCCCUCUGGGCUUCUCUCAUUACUGACAUUUCUUCUUUGUGUUCGUGUCCAUACAGGCGAUAAGUCACCUUUCCGAUCCAUUGUGGAAAUGCUGGAUUAUCAGCCGACCGAGCUCAGAUAUGCUACUUCCCUUCCAGUCCCCUUGCUUUUCAUUUAUCUGGUCGAGAUGGAUUAUGACGCUGAAGUACUGUGCAUUAUUCAGCAGGACCGAUAUGUUAUUAGCCAUUUGGGCUUCCGGCGGUUACUUGUUCUUCCCUCUGUCUUUGUGCUUAGACACACUACUCGUGUACCUGAGCCACCAGGUGGUGGUUCGGGGGUGGUGCGGCGUGCAAAUACUUUCAAAUCAUUAUCUGCUGGCCCUAGGGUGACUCUGAUUGAUGUCAACAGGUGGAUAUAUGGAUAUCAGUAUAUCGUUCGGUGUUUUACUCUGACGGUCGUGGUUAGCAGGAUGGGCUUCAAUAGAUCAUCGGAAAGGUCCCAAUGAUAGACGAAUUUCAGUCGCAUGGAUGGAAUGCUACCACAGUGCGACUCUGAAUAAUGUACGUCAGAAUCUCAGAACAUCAUUGAAUAGUAUUUCAGUAUCGGGCAGCAAGGACCAGUUCGGUUGCUAGACUUUCCGAGUAAUUUCAGCUUGCCACUUGGUGUAUA